GCGCCGCUAGGGGGCGCGCGUGCGCGGCGGGCCCGCGCUCCCUCAGGCGGCGCGAUGGCGGCGACGAUGGCGGCGGCUCUGUCCCGCUGCGGUGGCGGCGGAGCGCCCCGGGCGCUGGCCCUGCGGUGCCGCCGGCUGCACACCGUGUACCAGAGCGCGGAGCUGCCCGAAACACACCAGAUGCUGCGGCAGACGGUCCGGGACUUCGCCGAGAAGGAGCUGAUGCCGCUUGCAGCGCAGCUGGACAAGGAGCACCGCUUCCCGGCCGAGCAGGUGAAGAAGAUGGGUGCCUUGGGGCUGCUGGCUAUGGACGUGCCAGAGAAGUACAAAGGAGCAGGCCUCGACUACCUGGCCUAUUCCAUCGCUGUGGAGGAGAUCAGCAGGGGCUGCGCCUCCACGGGCGUCAUCGUCAGCGUCAACAAUUCCCUGUAUUUAGGGCCAAUACUGAAGUUUGGCUCUGAAGAGCAGAAGCACCAGUGGAUUGCUCCCUUCACCAGUGGAGAGAAAAUUGGAUGUUUUGCCCUCAGUGAACCAGGAAACGGCAGCGAUGCGGGUGCAGCCUCCACCGUGGCACGGCUGGAUGGGGAUGAGUGGGUUCUGAAUGGCACCAAGGCCUGGAUCACCAACGCCUGGGAUGCCUCGGCCACCGUGGUGUUUGCUACUACAGAUAAAUCCCUGAAACACAAGGGCAUUAGUGCAUUCCUGGUUCCCAUGCCAACACCUGGGUUGUCACUGGGGAAGAAAGAAGACAAACUGGGAAUCCGAGCCUCUUCCACUGCCAACCUGAUAUUUGAGGACUGCCGGAUACCCAAGGCCAACCUCCUGGGGCAGCCAGGAAUGGGCUUCAAAAUCGCCAUGCAAACUCUGGAUGGAGGAAGGAUUGGUAUUGCCUCACAGGCACUCGGAAUAGCCCAGGCAGCUCUGGACUGUGCUGUGGAUUAUGCUGAGAAGAGAAUGGCCUUUGGGUCACCCAUCACAAAGCUCCAGGCAGUGCAGUUCAAGCUGGCAGACAUGGCUGUGGCCUUGGAGGGUGCACGCCUGCUGACCUGGAGAGCUGCAAUGCUGAAGGACAAUGGAAAGCCCUUCACUAAGGAAGCAGCAAUGGCCAAACUGGCUGCAUCAGAAGCUGCAACGUCCAUCGCUCACCAGGCUAUCCAGAUCCUGGGUGGGAUGGGCUAUGUGACAGAGAUGCCAGCAGAGCGCCACUACCGCGACGCGCGGAUCACCGAGAUCUACGAGGGGACCAGUGAGAUCCAGAGACUGGUGAUUGCAGGCCAGCUGCUGAAGGCCUACCGAGGCUGAGGAGGCUGCCUGGAGCAGCACACUGCCCCCUGUGUCUCUAACGGUGCACAGUGAUGGAGUUUGACCCUCUUGAAUGAGGCUACUGAUGGAGGUUUUCCUCACCAAUGAGUAACUGACCCUCUAGUUAAAAUGUGCUGAUUCUUCUUUGGACGAAGUAUGGCACACCGAGGCUGGACUGAGGUUUGUAAGUAAUGGCUGUGAGUGCAGGAGGGUGGAGGCAAUCUGUACUCAUAGGGCAGCCUGGGGCUUUUCCUAAACUACUGUUGGAAUGGCUUGGUAGUGGCAACAUGACAGCACUUGCCAGCCAGUGCCUGUUUUGCUAAAUUUGUCACUACAUGGCACUGGAUAACUAGUGACAGAGAGUGAGAGCCGUGAUCCCUGUGACCUGCUUCAGGCUGCUUGUCAAGUGCCUCUGCAGAUGAGACUUGAAUGGAAUUCAGGUGUGGGAUGCAGCUGUGUGUGAGCUCCUAAUGGGACAGCCUGGGCUGAGGUAAUCUCUUCCAGCAGGAGAGGAACCAGACCAGGAGGACAUGGGAGGACAUGCAGGGAUGACCCACGCACAGAGGGCUCUAAGCACAGAGCGUGGUUGCUGGUAAAAACAUAGCUCAGAAAGAAUCCCUCGACCUGGGACAGCAGGGCCCAGCACCUGCUCACUCAGCUGCUCUGGGAUGUAGGGGUAGAAGCAAAGGACAGCAAAGCUGCAAUGCCUAGGACUACAUUAAUAAAAAAACAAAACAAAACAAAACACAAAAACAAAAACAAAAAAACCCAAACAAAAACCCCAAAAAAACAAAAAAACCCUUCUGCUCCCAAAUCUACUUCUGCAAUGUCAGCAGGAAAGGGAGUGCCUAACAGGGCAGUAACAGCUUUUAAUCUCUACACAUUUUGGGCAAUGAGGAAAUGAAGAGAUGACACACAAACCUCACCAGGAAGCUUUAGCAGUAGCACAUCCUCAAUCAGUGAUCAUUGGUAAGACAUUAAUUUUAGAAGCAUCAAAAGCCAAAGGAAAAGCUCCAAACUCAGGAGAAGAGGGAGGAGAUUAAAACUAGAGCCUGUAUGGUCCAGUCUGCCUCCUUGUCCAAACACUAGAGGGAAAUGGUUAUUUUCCUGUGGUGCCAUUUAUUUAGACUUGUGUGCAGACAAGAAGAGCAGGAUUCUGCUACAUGAGAGAGCAGAGAAGACAAAUAAAACCUGAUUUUAAAGGAC